AUGGCUAUGAUGUGCAUGAGAUUCACACUUCUGCUUUUCUUAAAACAUUUUUCAGAAGGCGGUGCCCGCGUUGUUGAAACGCAUGGCGGCGGACCGAUUAUGGAACGACUGGAAAGCACAAGGAUAGAAGAGGUGGUAGAACGACCAUUACCGCAACCUCCACGUCCAGCUAAUGGUUUUACCCGAGACCAUAUGGGAUACAUACCGGUUGCAAAGUAG